AUGGGCCCAUUUGCAGCGGAGCCACGUGUCACCCCGUGGCAUGCAAGAGAGAGAGAGAGAGGUCCGGAAGAUCUGAGGCUCUUCCAAGUGCAAACCAACAACACCAAGCGAGUGGCCUCCUUCAACACCGCCUUCACCAUCAACGUAGUACCUGAGUCCAACGUGGCCACCGGCGAGGGCCUCACCUUCCUGAUUGCUCCGAGCCUCGAUGACCCUCCGCCCGGGAGUCACGGACCCUAUCUCGGCCUCACUAACGCUAGCCUCGAUGGGAAUAACUCCAACCACUUCGUCGCCAUAGAAUUCGACACCGCGAAGCAGUCCUUCGACAGCGACGACAACCACGUCGGCCUUGACAUCAACGGUGUCGACUCGAACAUUACCGGCUCCCUCACGCCGCUAGGCAUCAAGAUUGUGAACGGCACGAACUACGUCGUGUGGAUCGACUACGACGGCGUCCAUCGCCAUGUGUGGGUGUAUAUGGCCGUCGAGGGCAGCGACAAGCCGGUCGCCCCCGUACUCAACGCCUCCAUCGACAUCAGCGACUACGUCCUCCAGCGCUCCUAUUUGGGGUUCUCAGCGUCCACGGGAAGCCACUUCGAGCUCAACUGCGUGCUCGCAUGGAACCUGACGGUGGAGAACCUUCCCGACGACGGCGGCGGGCUGUCAAUCGGAGCCAUAAUAGGUGUGGCGGUCGGCGUAGGGUGUGUUCUCGUGGUGAUGACGUUGACCACGGGGAUCUUGGUGGUGUUCUGUCGCAGAAAGAGGGCGGCUGGGAAUGAACGUGACAUGUUGAGAAAGAAGCUGAACGGCCUUCCGGGGACGCCGAGAGAGUUCGAGUACAAGGAGCUGAAGGUGGCGACCGGAAACUUCGAUGAGCGGCGGAAGCUGGGACAGGGGGCCUUCGGUGAGGUGUACAAGGGGGUGCUUCCCGGAAGCAGCAUGGAAGUGGCGGUGAAGAGGUUCUCGAGGGACAAGACCAGCGGACAAGACGACUUCCUCGCCGAGCUCACCAUCAUCAAUUGCCUCCGCCACAGGAACUUAGUGCCUCUCCUUGGGUGGUGCCACAAGAACGGCGUCUUGCUUCUGGUGUAUGAGUUCAUGCCGAACGGGAGCCUGGACCAGUACCUCUACGGCGACGGAGGCCUCGUCUGGUCCCGGAGGUACAACAUCGUCGCCGGCGUCGCCUCCGCACUUCACUACAUCCACCACGAGUACAACCAGAUGGUGGUGCACCGCGACCUGAAGCCCUCCAACAUCAUGCUCGACGCCACCUUCGACGCCCGCCUGGGCGACUUCGGCCUCGCCCGCGCCCUCGACACCGAUAAGACCUCCUUCACCGAGCUCGGCGUCGUGGGCACCCGCGGCUACAUCGCCAACGAGUGCUGCAUCACCCACAAGUUCACCCGCGAGUCCGACAUGUACGCCUUCGGUACCGUGGUGCUCGAGGUGGUCUGCGGCCGUCGCCCGCUGUACGACGUCUCCGGAUUUCACCUGCUGGUGGACUGGGUGUGGAAGCUUCACCGCGAGGGGCGGCUGCUGGAGGCGGUGGACCCACGGCUGGGCGGGGAGUACCCGGCGGAGGACGCGGAGAGACUGCUAUUGCUGGGGCUCGCGUGCAGCCAGCCGCACCCGGGGGCGCGGCCCAAGGCGCAGGCCAUCGUCCAGAUCGUGUCGAGGUCGGCGCCUCCGCCGGCGGUUCCGAAGUUUAAGCCCGCGUUCGUGUGGCCGCCGCCGCAUUGGCCUCUCUUCGAGGGCAACCAUGACGACCACAACUGGACGUCGGGCGCCACCCUGACCAGCAGAACGGCGACGUUCUCCAACAGCGGGGUCUCGUCGGCGGGGGUUGUGUGAACGACGCGGGCCCUAAGCCUGGAUGUGGAAAAGGGAGACAGUGAGAAGAUCUCCAGAGCGUAGCUUCAACACAGUUUAAUUCAUGUUGAAUUUGUUAAGAUAAUAGUUUAAUUGACGUAGCAUAUUUUGUAACCGUUAUUAU